AUGGAAGAGCUUCUUACUGCUUGCCUUGUGCUUGAGGAGUUAACCAUUUGUGAUGGGAGCUGGCAGAACGGUGAAUGGUGUCGCACCAUGUCUUCUUUAACCCUUAAGAAACUUACUAUUAAGAGUAUUAGGUUUAAUAAUUCGGUCAUGAGUUUCGAUACUCCGAGUCUUGCCUACUUAGAAUACACUGAUGUAGUUCCAAGAGAGUAUCCGAUUGUAAAUCUUGAAUCCCUUGUCGAAGCUAGGCUUGAUCUUUAUUGUCCUCGUUUUCAUAUUAGCAAUCCAACAAAUCUGAUUAAGGGGUUAAGAAAUGUUGAGGUCUUGGAGAUAUCAUCUAUUCGUACUUCAGAGAUGCUCUAUCAUUUCCGUGAAGCAAUCCCAGUGUUCAGCAACCUGAUUCGUUUAACUAUUACAACUCAUUUUUAUAGCUACCAUUGGAAAUAUUUUCCAAUACUUGUAAAAAAAUCUCCAAAUCUACAUACUCUCAUCAUCAAGGGUCCAUUGCCCGUUUUUAAAUCCGAAGGAGAAUAUGGAUCAUGUCCUGUGAAAGUAUUGAAGAUAACUGAGUACGUAGGAACAAUUGCGGAGCUAGAGAAAAUGAAACAUUUCCUGGAGAAACUGUCAAGCCUUGAGCUCGUCAAAGUCUGUGCUUGUGCAAUAAAAGACAAGGAAAAGGAUCGAAUCACCAAAGAUCUGCUAAGGGUUCCUAGGUCGUCCAAGUGCAAUAUCAAGAUCAAGUUUUGUGAGAAAACUAAGUAAUGCAUG